ACAACAAAACAGUUAAUUUCAAAAUGACAGGCUUGGCGGUUAAGCGCACACAAAAAAUCUAUUUGAUGUACAAUACAGAACAUAAGUUACACGAAGGAAUGUAUACGUAAACAAAUCAGUGUUUAUUACAAGGUGCGCAUGUGGCCGUCACACCCCCUAAACGUGCAUUUAAUUUAAUAUUAGCUCCCAAACAGGCAUACGUUAUCGUCACGUGUCUGGUAUUUUCCUUUAGGGAUAGGGAAUAUCCUUUUCUGAUAGGGUCACACUGAAUUCCAAAGUAACUAGUCGACGGUGUAUAUGUGGCAACAUCUAUCUCCCUCAGUCUGUUCAGCUGCUAGCGUUACAAUGUUGCCAGCGAUUGCAUCAUCGCAUAGCUCCCUCCAUACAUGGCAGAUACUCUUUGUGCCACUGGCGAGGGGAACUCCGUAGUCAUGCAGUGUCAUCCUCUUGCAUCUAGUACUUCAUUUAUAUCAUCCAUGAUAAGGGCCAGCAUGGAAAUCGAGGCACCAACAGCAUCGAUAGAUCCGAAGUUUAAGGAUGGGGUUGUUGUCCGAGCUGGUGAAACAUUUGUUAUCGAUGCAGAGAUUUUCGGGACACCACUGCCCAGAGUCAAGUGGUUGAAAGAUGGAAAAGAAAUUGACAUGACCACCCCAAGAAUGGAGGUUGUAAAAACAUUUGAACACACAGUUCUAACAGUUAAAGACUGCAUCAGAGUUGACAGUGGUCAGUUUGUCCUUAGUCUAAGCAAUGUUGCCGGUAAGAAAGAUAUGCCGGUCAAUGUCAAGGUUCUUGACAGACCAGGUCCACCUGACGGUCCAGUGAGGAUAACUGGCGUGACUGCAGAGAAAGUCACGCUUCACUGGAGUCAUCCACUGCAUGACGGCGGGGCCAGUGUGUUGCAUUAUAUCCUUGAGAAGAGGGUAACCAACCGAGUGUCAUGGACUGUAGUUGAACCUGAGAUCCAAGCAGUCAGCUACAAAGUGACUAAACUUGUGCCUGGUACAGAAUAUGUCUUCAGAGUUAAGGCGGUGAAUAAGUUUGGCAUGGGGGAACCUCUUGAGUCAGAACCGGUUACGGCGUGCUGUCCUUUCAAGCCGCCCAGCUGUCCAUCAAAACCUGAGGCAAGUGCAAUAACGAGUGACUCGAUGGUCCUGACAUGGAAACGUCCGGAAGAUGAUGGUGGCUCAGAAAUUGAUGGAUAUAUCAUGGAGAAACGUGAUAAAGAAGGCAUUAGAUGGACAAAGUGUAACAAGAGAAGACUUACUGACACCAGAUUCAGAUGCACUGGACUUACCGAGGGACACUCCUAUGAGUUCAGAGUAUCUGCUGAGAACUCUGCUGGUGUGGGAGUGCCAAGUGAACCAACGGGAUACAUCAAAGCAUGUGAUCCCAUAUACCCUCCAGGUCCUCCCUACAACCCUAGGGUGACAGAUCACUCCACCACAUCCGUAUCCCUCGCAUGGACAAAACCCAUUCAUGACUGUGGGGCGCCCAUUACAGGAUAUGCUGUUGAGGUGAAAGAAGCAGCAGAAGAAGAGUGGAAAACCUGCACACCCCCGACAGGUGUUGAAGAAACACACUUCACUGUAAAAAAACUGAAGGAAAAUGAACAAUACAAUUUCCGCAUCCGUGCAAUUAACGCUGAAGGAGCCGGGGAGCCAUCGGACAUCCCAGGCAACGUGGUUACAUCGGAAAGACUCGAGGCCCCUGAGAUUGAACUUGAUUCAGAUCUUAGAAAAGUGGUCUCAGUUCGAGCCUGUGCAACACUUCGCUUGUUUGUCACAAUCAGAGGAAGACCUGAACCUGAAGUCAAGUGGUCAAAGGUGGAUGGUCCUCUUAGUGAGCAUGCAGAGAUUGAGGUCACAAGCUCCUACACUGUCCUCGUCAUCAACAGUGUAAACCGAUUUGACACUGGCAAGUAUUUGUUGACUCUCGAAAACAUCAGCGGCACCAAGUCAGCAUUCAUUAACGUCAGAGUUUUGGACUCCCCAAGUGCACCCGAGAGCUUGGAAGUCAACGACAUCACAAGAAAUUCUGUUUCACUAUGCUGGAAGCCCCCCCUCAUUGUUGGAGGAGUUAAGAUCACACAUUACAUUGUGGAAAAGCGAGAGGCUCAAAGACGGGUCUUUACCACUGUUUCAGAUGACUGUGUAAAGAACAGAAUGAGGAUUGAUAACCUUAUAGAGGGGGGACUUUACUAUUUCCGUGUUUUAGCUGUAAAUGAGCUUGGUGUGGGUUUACCAGCAGAAACCCAAGAUCCUGUCAAGGUGUGCCAAGCCCCCUUGCCUCCUCGUAAAGUUACGGUAGUAGAUGUUACACGUAACAGUGUGAGUCUCUCAUGGGAAAAGCCUGACGAUGAUGGUGGUAGCAGGAUCAAAUGCUACAUAGUGGAAAUGCAAACCAAGAGAAAAGAUAGCUGGACUGUAUGCAAUGAGAUAAGGGGAUUGCAAGCAACUAUUGAUGGACUCUCAAUGGAAGAUGAGUACUCGUUUAGGAUUAGUGCAGUCAAUGAAACAGGCAAGAGUGAACCCAAUGUACUGGCAGAGUAUGUUGUAGUGAAGGAUGUUACAAUGAAACCUAUCAUAGAUUUAAUUUCCAGUACUUUCAGUGUGAAGGCAGGAGAUGAUUUGAAGAUUGAUGUUCCAUUCAGAGGCAGACCAGAACCCGAGGCUACAUGGACGAAAGAUGGGAUUGAAUUGAAGGAGAAAACUAGGGUAAAUAUUCUAACAUCCAAAAGUUCAUCAAAACUCACUAUAAGAAACACAGCCAUGGAGGAUUCAGGCAACUACGAGAUUUGUGUAACCAAUGCUGUUGGCAAGACAUCAGCAAUAAUAGCUGUUGUCAUCUUGGAUAAACCAGGCCCAAUAGGUGCAAUCAGGAUAGAUGAAGUGAGUGCUGACUACAUUUCCCUGUCUUGGGAACCCCCACUUAACGGUGGAGGAUGUCAAAUCAGCAACUAUGUUGUAGAGAAGAGGGAUACUACCAGUGCAACGUGGAAGACUGUUUCAGCCACAGUUGCCAGGACAUCAUUUAAAGUUCCCCGCUUGACACAAGGCACUGAAUAUCAAUUCCGUAUUGCAGCUGAAAACCGCUAUGGCAAGAGCCAUGCAGUUGAGUCUGAUUUGGUUGUUGCACAGUACCCCUUUAAGACUCCUGGUCCUCCAACUGCACUCCAUGUUGCCAAGGCCACAAAGUCCUUCAUGAUGGUUGCAUGGAAGGAACCAGUCAGUGAUGGUGGAAGUCCAGUCAUCGGUUAUCAUCUGGAGAUGAAGGACUAUAGCGGUAUUCGCUGGACAAAGAUCAAUAGACAAAUUAUUUCAGCAACCGAUUUCAAAGUCACUCGCAUUGAGGAAAAGUUACUUUAUGAAUUCCGUGUUUCUGCCGAGAAUCUCGCUGGCAUUGGAGCCUACAGCAACGUCACUGAGCCUGUUGCUGCGAGAGACCCAUGUGAUCCUCCUGUUAACCUGACAGUCACAGACAUCACAAGAUCUUCCGUUUCCCUUUCUUGGUCCAAGCCAGAGAAUGACGGUGGAGCCAAGGUGACCGGUUAUAUUGUUGAAUGCAGGGAGCUUCCUGAUGGCUGUUGGCUGAAGUGUAAUUUCAACAAUCUCCUGGAAACAUGUUUUGAAAUUAUGGAUCUCACUGAAGAUGUACAAUAUGACUUCCAUGUAAUUGCAAAGAACUCUGCUGGAGUCCUCAGUGAGCCCUCACUGUCCACAGGUGCUGUUACCGUCAAGGACAAUGUGGUUUUACCUCGUAUUGUUGUGGAUGACAAGUUUAAAAAAUGUGUUGUUGUCAAAGCUGGAGAUACUUUAAGAAUUGAUGCAGACAUUUCUGGGUGCCCAAGACCAGUCAUUACAUGGUCAAAGGACAAUGAUGGCAUUAUGGCCAAGGGAAGAGUAGAGAUCACUUCAACACACAGCAUCACCACAUUGAUAGUCAGAGACACGAUCAGAAGUGACUCUGGCCAGUACAUUGUAUCCCUACAGAAUGUUGCUGGUACAAAGUCCUUGUCUGUAAAAUGUAAAAUCCUUGACCGCCCUGGACCAUCCACUGGGCCAUUGGAAGUCACUGGUCUUACAGCAGAGAAAUGCACUUUGAACUGGGAACCACCUCAAGAAAACAGUGGUGCAGAAAUUGCACACUAUAUCGUGGAGAAAUGUGAAACAAGCCGUGUCAACUGGACUUUAGUAUAUGAAAACUUGAAGGCCACAACGUGCAAGGUGGCCAGUCUGCGUAAAGGGAGUGAAUACAUUUUCAGAGUGAGGGCAGUGAAUGAAUAUGGAGAAGGGGAAGCCCUUGAGAGUGAGCCCAUCGAGGCCAGAGAUCCAUUCACUGUCCCUGCAGCUCCCACAGAUGUUGAGGUUUCCAACAUAACAAGUGAAGCAAUGACUAUCUGCUGGAAAAGGCCGGAAACAGACGGUGGAAGCAGCAUUUCUGGCUAUGUUAUUGAGAAACGAGAGAAAUCAGAAAUGCGUUGGGUACGCGUGAACAAAAAGCCAGUCUAUGACCUCCGGUUCAAGGCAACCAAUCUCAGUGAGGGAUGUGAAUAUGAGUACAGAGUCUACGCAGAAAAUUCUGCAGGCUUGAGUCUCCCAAGCAUUCCUUGUAAUCUUACAAAAGCAGUAGAUCCCCAAUUCCUGCCAUCCCCACCAGCUAAACCCAAAAUUAUUGACUCAACCAAGACUUCUGUAACUCUGUCAUGGAAUAAACCAUUAUUUGAUGGAGGAGCUACUGUAACAGGGUACUGUGUCGAAUAUAAGAGGACUGAUUUUGAGGACUGGUCUGUUGGUAUUUACAACACAGAAAAGACUGAAUUCACGGUUGUUGGACUAAGACCUGGAGCAGAAUAUGUAUUUGUAGUAAAAGCAAUCAACAAGAUUGGUGUCAGUGAGCCAAGCCCUCCUUCGGAUCCACAAGUAGCUGAGGACAGAGAAGAGAAACCAGAGUUUAAUAUAAGCAAUGACUUGCGAAAGACUAUUCUUGUAAAAUCUGGAAGUUCAUUCAAUCUAACUGUGCCAUUCAAGGGCAAGCCCAUACCUAAUGUUACAUGGGAUAAGGCAGAUACUGACCUGAGAGUGAGGGCAAGUAUUUAUACUACUGAUACAUUUACAUCUAUCACAGUGGAAGAAGCAACAAGAGAUGACUCUGGAAAAUAUACAGUGACUUUACAAAAUGUUGCUGGAAAAGUCGCUUUUACAUUAAAUGUCAGGGUUCUUGACUCUCCUGGUCCACCGUGUUGUGUUUCGGUCAAGGAUGUUAUGAAGACUUCUGCAACAGUGACAUGGGAUACCCCAGAAAAUGAAGGUGGUGCUGCAGUCACAAACUACCACGUUGAUAUCCGUGAGGUGAACAACAAGGGAUGGACCAGGCUGACAGAUAGAUGCCCUCGCCUGACCUACAAAGUAUCUGACUUACAAGAGGGAGCAGUGUACUAUUUUAGAGUCAUUGGUGAAAAUGACUAUGGAGUUGGUAUUCCAGCUGAGACCAAAGAUGGAAUAAAGAUGACUGAUUCUAAAUUAUGGGCAGAGGCUGUCGUUGUAAAGGAUGAUACAGUGAAACCUAUCAUAGAUUUAAUUUCCAAAAAUUUUAUUAUUAAGGCAGGAGAUGUUCUUACGAUUAAUGUUCCAUUUAAAAGCAGACCGCAACCAGAGGCUUCAUGGAAAAAAUAUGGCACUGAAUUGAACGAUACAAGGGUAAAUAUUUUAACAUCCAACAAUUCAUCAAAACUUACUAUAAGAAACACAACCACGGAUGAUUCAGGGAACUACGAAAUUAGUUUAACCAAUGCUGUUGGCAAGACAUCAGCAAUAAUAGCUGUUGUCAUCUUGGAUAGACCAGGCCCAAUAGGUGCAAUUAGGAUAGAUGAAGUGAGUGCUGACUCUAUUUCCCUGUCUUGGGAACCCCCACUUCACGAUGGAGGAUGUCAAAUCAGCAACUAUGUUGUAGAGAAGAGGGAUACUACCAGUGCAACGUGGAAGACUGUUUCAGCCACAGUUGCCAGGACAUCAUUUAAAGUUCCCCGCUUGACACAAGGCACUGAAUAUCAAUUCCGUAUUGUAGCUGAAAAUCGCUAUGGCAAGAGCCAUGCAGUUGAGUCUGAUUUGGUUGUUGCACAGUACCCCUUUAAGACUCCUGGUCCUCCGACUGCACUCCAUGUUGCCAAGGCUGCAAAGUCCUUCAUGAUGCUUGCAUGGAAGGAACCAGCCAGUGAUGGUGGAAGUCCAAUCAUCGGUUAUUACCUGGAAAUGAAAAACCAUAGCAGUAUUUGCUGGACAAAGAUCAACAGGCUUCCAAUAACUGAAACAGAAUUCAAACUCACUCGGAUUGAGGAAAGCUUGCUAUAUGAAUUCCGUAUUUCUGCAGAGAAUCUCGCUGGCAUUGGAGCCUACAGCAACGUCACUGAGCCUGUUGCUGCGAGAGACCCAUGUGAUCCUCCUGUUAACCUGACAGUCACAGACAUCACAAGAUCUUCCGUUUCCCUUUCUUGGUCCAAGCCAGAGAAUGACGGUGGAGCCAAGGUGACCGGUUAUAUUGUUGAAUGCAGGGAGCUUCCUGAUGGCUGUUGGCUGAAGUGUAAUUUCAACAAUCUCCUGGAAACAUGUUUUGAAAUUAUGGAUCUCACUGAAGAUGUACAAUAUGACUUCCAUGUAAUUGCAAAGAACUCUGCUGGAGUCCUCAGUGAGCCCUCACUGUCCACAGGUGCUGUCACCGCCAAGGACAAUGUGGUUUUACCUCGUAUUGUUGUGGAUGACAAGUUUAAAAAAUGUGUUGUUGUCAAAGCUGGAGAUAUUUUAAGAAUUGAGGCAAAUAUUUCUGGGCGCCCACGACCAGUCAUUACAUGGUCAAAGGACAAUAAAAGCAUAAUGGCCAAGGGAAGAGUAGAGAUCACUUCAACACACAGCAUCACCACAUUGAUAGUCAGAGACACGAUCAGAAGUGACUCUGGCCAGUACAUUGUAUCCCUACAGAAUGUUGCUGGUACAAAGUCCUUGUCUGUAAAAUGUAAAAUCCUUGACCGCCCUGGACCAUCCACUGGGCCAUUGGAAGUCACUGGUCUUACAGCAGAGAAAUGCACUUUGAACUGGGAACCACCUCAAGAAAACGGUGGUGCAGAAGUUACACACUAUAUCGUGGAGAAAUGUGAAACAAGCCGUGUCAACUGGACUUUAGUAUAUGAACAAGUGAAGGCCACAACGUGCAAGGUGGCCAGUCUGCGUAAGGGGAGUGAAUACAUUUUCAGAGUGAGGGCAGUGAAUGAAUAUGGAGAGGGGGAAGCCCUUGAGAGUGAGCCCAUCGAGGCCAGAGAUCCAUUCACCAUCCCUGCAGCUCCCACAGACGUUGAAGUCUCCAACAUAACAAGUGAGACAAUGACUAUCUGCUGGAAAAGGCCGGAAACAGACGGUGGAAGCAGCAUUUCUGGCUAUGUUAUUGAGAAACGAGAGAAAUCAGAAAUGCGUUGGGUACGCGUGAACAAAAAGCCAGUCUAUGACCUCCGGUUCAAGGCAACCAAUCUCAGUGAGGGAUGUGAAUAUGAGUACCGGGUCUAUGCAGACAAUUCUGCAGGCUUGAGUCUCCCAAGCAUUCCUUGUAAACUUACAAAAGCAGAGAAUACCCAAUUCCUGCCAUCCCCACCAGCUAAACCCAAAGUUAUUGACUCAACCAAGACUUCUAUAACUCUGUCAUGGAAUAAACCAUUAUUUGAUGGAGGAGCUACUGUAACAGGGUACUGUGUCGAAUAUAAGAGGACUGAUUUUGAAGACUGGUCUGUUGGUAUUUACAACACAGAAAAGACUGAAUUCACGGUUGUUGGAUUAAGACCUGGAGCAGAAUAUGUAUUUGUAGUGAAAGCAAUCAACAAGACUGGUGUCAGUGAUCCAAGCCCUCCUUCGGAUCCACAAGUAGCUGAGGACAGAGAAGAGAAACCAGAGUUUGAUAUAAGCAAUGACUUGCGAAAGACUAUUCUUGUAAAAUCCGGAAGUUCAUUCAAUCUAACUGUGCCAUUCAAGGGCAAGCCCAUACCUAAUGUUACAUGGGAUAAGGCAGAUACUGACCUGAGAGUGAGGGCAAGUAUUCAUACCACUGAUACAUUUACAUCUAUCACAGUGGAAGAAGCAACAAGAGAUGACUCCGGAAAAUAUACAGUGACUUUACAAAAUGUUGCUGGAAAAGUCGCUUUUACUUUGAAUAUUAGGGUUCUUGACUCUCCUGGUCCACCAUGUCGUGUUGCAGUCAAGGAGGUUACAAAGACUUCUGCAACAGUGACAUGGGAUACCCCAGAAAAUGAAGGUGGUGCUGCAGUCACAAACUACCACGUUGAUAUCCGUGAAGUAAGCAAUAAGGGUUGGACUAGAGUCACAGAUAGAUGCCCUCGUCUGACCUACAAAGUAUCUGAUUUACAUGAAGGUGGUGUGUACUAUUUUAGAGUCACUGCUGAAAACGAGUAUGGAGUUGGCAUUCCAGCUGAGACGAAAUAUGGAACAAUGAUUACAGAAAAACCCAGCCCACCAACAAAGUUCUUAGUCACAGAAACCACCAAUGAAAGUGUUUCGCUUGCAUGGGGCAAGCCUGAGUGUGACGGUGGUAGCAGAAUCACCUGUUAUCGAGUUGAUGCCCUUGAGAAGGGUCAGGAUAAAUGGGUGAAAGUUGGUGUCACAAAGACUGUCCACUUUGUGGUGAAUGACCUAAAGGAAGCUACCGAAUACUUCUUCAGAGUUCGUGCUGAAAACCAUGCCGGAUUCAGUGACCCAACAGAAAUGUCUCACCCUGUCCUUGUUAAAGGACAGCUUGAACCCCCUGAGAUAAACAUGAAUAAGUUCCCUAACAAUACAGUCUCUGUCAGAGCAGGAUCAAACCUGAAGUGUGAGAUUCAACUCACCGGCAAACCCGCGCCAAAGGUUUCUCUUUCAAAGGAUGAUGUUGUCCUGAAGUCCACCACAAGAUUAAACUAUUUUCUAGUUCCUGGUGGCCUUAUUAUUGAUCUUCAUGAGAGCACAGCUACUGACGCAGGGAGGUACGACAUCUGUGCCUCGAAUUCCAGUGGUGCCUCUAGGUCUUUUGUGAACAUUGUGGUCUUGGAUAGACCAAGUGCCCCACUUGGUCCUGUUGAAAUAUCUGAUGUGACAGAGGACAGUUUGAGUCUGACCUGGCACCCUCCUCAUUACGACGGCGGAAGCCCCAUCACAAAUUACAUCAUACUCAAACGAGAAACAACAAGUGCAGACUGGACUGAGGUCUCCUCCUCUGUUGUAAAAUGCACCAUUAAAAUCAUGAAACUAAAAACUGGUCUGGAGUACCAGUUCAGAAUCCGGGCUGAAAAUCGCUAUGGCAUCAGUGAAUAUGUUGACUCUGCAACUGUCCGAGUCGACCUGGACUACUCGGUCCCUGAUGCUCCAUCAGCACCUGUUGUAACAUCUGUAUCCAGAGAAAGCAUCACUGUCAGCUGGGUGGAGCCUGUCUCAAACGGGGGAAGACCUAUAGUUGGAUAUCACCUUCAGAUGAAGGACAAAAACAGCAUCCUCUGGCAGACUGUUAAUAAAAGUGUCAUUCGUGCUGCCCACUUCAAAGUACAAAACAUUAACGCCGGCCUCAUCUAUGAAUUCAAGGUGGCAGCAGAAAACGCAGCUGGAUGUGGUCCCCUUAGUAGUGCUUCAGAUGCUGUACUUGCAAUUGAUGCGUGUGAGCCUCCAACCAAUGUCCGGAUCACACACAUCAGAAAGACUUCCAUCAGACUUGAAUGGCUGAAGCCUAAUUAUGAUGGCGGCAGUAAGAUCACGGGCUAUCUGAUUGAGAUGAAAGAGGACGAAAAAGACAAAUGGACAAAGGCCAACUUAACCAACGUUUCAGACACACACUAUACUGUGGAGGACCUGAAUGAGUGUGAGGUUUAUGAAUUUAGAGUCCGAGCAAAGAAUGCGGCAGGAUCCGUCAGCAAUCCAUCCAACACGGCAGGACCGGUGAUGUGUGUGGAUACAGAGGCUUCCGAUGAAGAUUAGAACUUUGAUGUGUGUGGAUACAGAGGCUUCCGAUGAAGAUUAGAACUUUGAAAUGUCCGAUGUGCGUUCUUGUUAUGAAAGGGGUUUGUUGUUUCUACAAGUUGAGAGUGAAAUGUAGUUUAUUUACUGAAAAAUGUUGUUCUUUCUUUAGUGGUAAAAACGAUUUAUGCUUGCAAUGCUGAUUAGCACUGGAAGUGAACUCUUCCCAUCCAACUUGGUUCAUCCAACUGAUUUGUGUCAAAAGUCACAGUGUUUAAGUGGGUAGAAUGACAUCAAUGUGGGCGUUCCCACUGAGGCGAAUGGAAGAUUUUUGGGCAGAAGAAAAAGCUUAGUUUUAAAAGCAUACAUUAUAGCAAAAGCUGUUUGUCAGCAAUCUGAGUUUGGCAUGUCUACAUGAUUUAAAGUUUGAGUGUGGUUGAUAGAGCUGAAAAUAAAAGCUAAAGAAUAAUUAAAACAA